AAAAAAAUUUCUUUACUAAAAUGAAGGCGGUUGAAUAUCAUGGUCCUGGAAAUCUCAGAUUUGUCAAGGAUAGACAAGAACCACAAAUAGUCCAUCCUCAUGAUGUUAAGAUCAAGGUCAAAUACGUGGGGAUCUGUAGUCCUGAUGUAAAAGAAUAUAAGGACUCGGUAUUUUUCAAAGAUGAAGUAGACCCUCUUUCGAAAAAGAAGAAAAAGGGACAAGUAAUGGGUCAUGAAGUACUGGGAAAGAUUGUAGAAGUCGGACCCGAGGUCAAGGAUCUUAAAGUGGGGCAAUAUGUGGUUUUAGAAGCUAAUGGACAUUGUCAUGAUAAGAAAAUCUUGGAACAGAAUGAAACAUCAAUAUGUGAUGCCUGUGCUGAAGGAUGUUACAACUGUUGUCAGAAAAAGGGAUAUUACGGUUUGGGGUUUAGUGAUGGAGGUAUGGCCGAAUAUUUAGUUGUGGGAGAUGCCCAUGUGGUUCCAUACCCUGAGAAUAUAAUUCCUCCUGAUGUAGCUACUUUAAUGGAAUCACUUGCAGUUAGUUGGCAUGGUGUGAGAACUUCAAGAAUAACCGAAGAGAAACCAGCUGAUCGUUCGGCAUUGGUGAUUGGUGGUGGACCAAUUGGACUUUCCACCGUAUUGGCAUUACGUGGACAGAAUGUCGAUAAGAUUGUGGUUAGUGAACCGGAGCAGACAAGACGAGAAGUUGCAGAAAAGUUGGGUGCAAAAGUAUUUGAUCCUACAAAUCGAACCAAUUCAACUGAUGAUCUCAUUAAACUUAGCGAAGAAAACCUAGGAUAUUCUUAUGUCUACGAUUGUUCUGGAAGAAGAGAUAGCUUUGAUACCAUGUUAUCAUGUGUUAAACCCGGAGGAGUGGCUACUAAUUUAACAAUGUCUGCAGAUAAAACAGUUAGACAAUGGCCCAUGACCUUGACUAAACAUGAAUGCAUAUUUAAGGGAAGUACUUCUUAUGUCCGUGAAGAUUUUAAAGAAAUCAUACUGGCAUUUGAAGGAGGUGUGCUUGACCCCAAGGAAGUUCUGUUAUUGAUCUCAGACAAGAAGAACUUGGAAGAGGGAGUCGAUGCUAUUUCGCAUUUGGCUAAUACCAAGAAGGAUGUCAAGAUAUUGUUGGCUCCUUAAUUUGUUUGAUAGAGUAGAUUGUGUUUACGAUUACAAAUUGUUAUUAAACCAUAAUGGGAAUAUCUAUAAUUAUCCCCAUAUUGAUAAAAUUAAAACAUAUUAAUGCAAAUAAAUAAUUUCUUCAAUUUCUCUAGCGAAUUGCUUUCAUUUACCCUUUUUCAAAUAAGUAUGCAAUGAAUCUAUUUUGACCCGUUUAGACAAACCCACUCUAAACCUAGGUUGAUUUGAACUGCAAAGGGACGAAAGCGGUUUGGAUGCAAGACGUUUUCGUGCAGGCUUUGAUCCUGGUGGCGGUGUUUUACUUUCUAGUUCAUCUGAAUCUAUUUGAGUGGAAGUGCUAGCAUUGUGCUCUUGCUGUGGAAUGUCAAUUUGUACCUCAGCUUCUGAUUUCUGUUCAUGCAUUAUUUCCACAACUUCCGCAGACUUCACUACUUCCACAACUUCCGCAGACUUCACUGCUUCUACAACUUCUGUAGAUUUUACUUCUUCCUCUUCUAGCAGUAAAUCGCAUUGGGUAGAGCAUUCCAAUAUUUCCUCAAUGUUAAAAUCAAUCUCAUCAUCCAUAGGUGACAAUAGUUCUGAAUUUUGUAUUGCGCCUAAUAUAUCAUGCUUGUC